GUACUCCGUAAGAAGGAGUAAUUCAAUUCCGAUGGACGUGGCUGCCGUCACCUCCUCGGAGCAGCGGGCCGUGUCUCGGCUGAAAGUCGGAUGACUCGGUUGAUACCGGACCACCGACGCAGUUCCAUUGUUCCAUCACAUGAGCAAUCUUCUCUAUGAACAGCGGAAGUUCUGUAUAUAUAAGGCUCGCAUAUCAGAGUCCAAACACGUUCAAACUGAUCCAGGACCAAGUUGCCAAACAUGGACGCUGCAAGGAACAUUACCAUCUCAUGCCACUGCGGCGCUGCCCGGCAGACACUGCUCCCCAAGGAACACAAUGACCUGUUCUCACAAGUCUCAUUCUGCCACUGCGAUACCUGCCGCCAUUCCACAGGUUUGCUUUGUACUUCGUAUGCCCCUGUCGCCUCGCAUCCGCCUCCUUCACUCACCGGGCUGCAAAGCCAUUCCACCUCCUCGACAUCAACCCGAUAUUUCUGCUCGACCUGCGGAUGCCAUGUUUUCCGCGCCAAACACGCUUCCACGUUGUCAUUCCCGGCCGAGUGGGACUGGGAGGUGGCCACCGGCGUCAUCACCGACGCUCCCGAGUCCAGACUCCCCGAGCAAUGGCACCACCACCACGUCCAAGACACCCAAGACGGCGGGCUCUCCCCUUUUCUCCUCGCUUCUUCACCACCACGACCAAGUCAAAGCCCGCCUUCAGUAGACGACGACAUCCUCCAGGCCUCCUGCCACUGCACCUCCAUCUCCCUCCAGAUAACCCCCCCAUCGCCGGAUCCAAAGGACAACCCUGACUCCCCAUACCCGGACCUGCUCCUCCCCUACCACAGCACCCCGCCGCACACAGUCUCCAACCCGUCCAACGAGAAGUGGUACCUCCGUCUCGUCCCUUCUUCCUCCUCUAGCACCUCCAAGCAGGAAGAAGUGUACUUACCCGACGACACCGCCCAACAACAACAAAACCCCACACGCUCACCCAAGACCGAGACCAAGACGAGAUACCUCUCCGGGACCUGCGCCUGCCAACCCUGCCGCCUAACCUCAGGCUUUGAGAUCCAGACCUGGGCCUUCAUUCCCCGCCGCAACAUCUCCAUCUCCAUCCCACACUCCUCAUCCAGCUCAUCGAACCCAGAUCAGCCAGCCUGGGCCAAGUACCAACCGCUAGACUUCACCAACCUCCCGGCAAACCUCCCGUUAUCAACCUACGAGUCCUCGCCGGGAAGAAAACGUGAAUUCUGCGCCGUCUGCGGCGCCACAAUCUUCUGGCACGACGAUUUCCGACCAGACCUCAUCGACGUCAGUGUCGGUUUGUUUCGGCCCUCAGCCAACAGCGGCGGUGGCGCCAGGGCAGAGAAUUGGCUAGAAUGGUGGACGGAACGCGUGAGUUUCUCCGAGGAUGCCAGCAAGGGGCGGACGGGAGAGGCAAAGACGUGGGGGGAGGGUGUUAUUCGUUUGUUGGAGGAGGGUUUGAGGACGAGGAGGGUAGGGCAGCCGGCGAAGGAGCAUUGAUUGAUCAAGGUCGUCGAGCACAAGUACUGAGUUAGGCGCGAUCAGACCGUGGUGGAACAACAUGUCUUGAGUAUGUGGCUGUGGAGCCGAAUCUAUGGAUGAUAGAUGUGUCCCUCUCG